ACAAUUCAGUCCUCCCAAUCUGUCUCAGAAUCCAAAGCACUGCAGAAGAGGGGGAAAAUGGCACUUCCCCAGUUUCUGCAAUACUUGGUUCUAAGUUUCUUCUUCAUUUUAAGCUUCUUUGCUUUUGAUCUGCAGGCGACAGAUCCUCCUUUAACACUGGACUAUUACGCGUCGACAUGUCCUACCGUGCUGGAAAUUGUGAGGAAGGAGAUGGAAUGUGCUGUGCAAUCGGAUCCACGUAAUGCAGCAUCCAUUCUCCGGCUGCAUUUUCAUGACUGCUUUGUACAGUUAGCUCCAUGGACACAGGGCUGUGACGGGUCAAUUUUGCUAGAUGACACGAUAACACUCCAAGGAGAGAAGAAAGCACCCGCCAAUGUGAACUCUCUGAGAGGUUUCGAGAUUAUUGACAGUAUCAAGAAUAAGCUCGAAUCAGAAUGCCCUGAAACUGUGUCUUGUGCAGAUAUGCUUACCAUUGCAGCAAGGGAUGCUGUUAUUCUGGUUGGUGGGCCUUACUGGGACGUUCCUCUGGGUAGAAAAGAUUCAAGAACUGCAAGCUUCAGCCUAGCAACCUCGAACCUGCCCACUCCUGAACAGGGUCUUCUGGGUCUCAUAUCAAAGUUCCUGUAUCAAGGCCUCUCAGUUACAGAUAUGGUUGCUCUUGUAGGUGCACACACCAUUGGCAUGGCUCGAUGCGUGAACUUCCGAGAGAGGAUCUAUGGAGACUUCCAGGAAACUGCAGGCAGUGAUCCGCUCAGCGAGACGUAUCUCAGCAGCUUGAAAUCUACUUGCCCACCCACUGGGGGAGAUGACAACAUCACUGCACUGGACUACUUUUCGCCUAACCUUUUCGACAACUCCUUCUACCAUCUACUGCUCAAAGGAGAAGGAUUACUGAACUCGGACCAGGAAUUGUAUUCUAGUCUUCUGGGGUUCCAAACCAAGGAGCUUGUUCAGAAAUAUGCAUUAGACUCGGUUGCUUUCUUUCAGCAGUUCUCAGAUUCUAUGGUGAAGAUGGGAAAUAUUACUGAUCCUGAGAACUUCACCACUGGGGAAGUAAGGAAAGAUUGCAGAUUUAUUAACACAUGAGCUCCAUCAUAUUUAGUAACAAUCUUGCACAUUUGACAGUAUAUAUAUGCAUGGAAAUUAAAUAAAUAUGUUUGUAUACGAGGGUUGUUAUAACAGAAAUUCCAUCAUGUACUACACAGAAGCUAUUGAUCAUUUGCUUGUUCAUUUCUUGUUUACUAAAGAUGGGGGAAAGGAAUCCUCCCUGUUGCAUUCUUCAUAUAUAUUCAUAUUAUAUUCAUGUAACUUGAAGUUAAUCAAAGUUUGUUCAAUUCGAA